CAAUGCUUCUGUCAUUGUACACUCGAUUGUCUCGCUGUGUUAUUUUUUAAUUUAGUAUUAAAAUGUAAGAAACCUUAUAUCAUAGUUAGUCUAUAAGCGUAUUUCAUUUAAGAAAAGGAAACAUUUUAUUAAAAACAAAAAUCACAACAGCUUUUAUUGCGAAAUAGUAUUUCUUCACCGGUCAAUUCUACUUUGAGGUUAACUUCGGAUUGUGUUUGUGGCAAUAUGAAUAACAACUGGAAUGUAAAUAAUCGAGACCGUAGGGGAUGGCGUGGACAUAGAGGAAGGGGACGGGGAAGGGGAGGGAGAGGCUCAUGGCCGAGAAAUGAGAAAUUUCAUGACCAACAAACGCCUUAUGGGAAUCAAAAUCGUGGCUUUCGUGGUGGGAGAGGCAACUUUGGCAAGAAUAAAAUGCCUUCUAGAGAAACACCAGGUAAGAGGCUCUCGGAGGAAGAGAUUGGUGUAACAGAAUACAUGAGUGAUCAUAAGGGUUUCAAUGGAAUUAUUAAAUGUAGAUAUUCAGACUUUCAAGUAUCAGAGAUAAAUGAAAGUGGAGAAAUAGCAAAGCUCACAGAUAUGUCACCACCGGUGCCACCUAUGGAGGAGACCAUUGAAGAGGAUGAGGAUUUGUUGCUUUCUAAAUAUAAUCUGGAGAUACUGCCAAUGGAGACUUGGGAUCGUAUAAAUACUCUUAUUGUUAAUCCACCAACGGAUAAGAAUGUUGAAGUUGAUGUGACAGGCAUGUCGAAGGAGGAAAGAACAAAAAUUCACGAUUCAGUGAAAAAGGCAUUUGGACCCAGCCUAGUUAGUAGUACUGUUACUAUUGGUGAUAAAAAGAUUGUGAGAUUUGAGAAAUUUAAAAAAGGAGUUCGUAGAGAUAACAGAGUGAAAUGGGUAUGGCCAGGAGAGUAUGUGCACUUUGUUCUACACAAAGAGAACUGCGACACAAUGGAAGCUGCAAUGAGGCUUGCUGAGAGAUUACAAUUGAACAUAAAACCAUCAAUGCUAGGCUAUGCUGGUACAAAGGAUCGUCGUGCUAAGACAACGCAAUGGUUCAGUCUCCGUAAAGUUGAUCCGAAGAAGAUAGUAGCGGCUGCUAAAGAUGUGCGCGAUUUGUACGUCGGCAACUUCACCUUCAAAAACUAUAAUCUGAGACUCGGCAUGCUCAAGGGUAACAGGUUCCGUAUAGCGUUACGGAAUGUGACGGCAUCAGAUGAGGUGAUAGAUGAGGCGUGCGAGAGGCUGCGCAAGCGCGGCUUCAUCAACUACUACGGGCUACAACGUUUUGGUACACGAGUUGACAUGCCCACAUAUGAGAUCGGACGGAAACUACUGCAGAGUAACUUCAGAGAGGCAGUGAAUUCCAUACUACAAGACCGCGAGAGCUCGCGUAGUAUGGGGCGCGCUACCGCGGGUGACGCGCGGCUACAACGCGCCCUCAACAAUAACCCGCGAGACCUCGUCGGAGCACUCGACCAGUUGCCGCGUAACCAGCGUAUGAUGUACCUACACUCGUAUCAAUCGUUGGUGUGGAACCGAUGUGUGUCGCGUCGUCUGCAGCUGCUCGGACACCACCCUGUUGUAGGUGAUCUCGUACCUCUACAACACUUGCAGCACGAUAACGACCCUUGUGAAGUCGAAGAAGAUGAUAUAUCAGAUGAUGAAAAAGAAGACAACAAAAUAAUAGAUGAAAGCGAAAAUUCUGUACAAUCUACAGAAAACAACUCUGUACAAACUACAGAUAACGUUACUGUACAAGAAGUCACAGAUAAUAAUUAUGUACAAGAAGCUACAGAACAUAAAGAAGAAAAUAAACACAAAAGUAAAGAACAAGAGAAAAAAUUACCGAAACCAAACAUUCCUGUUAAAGUUCUUACCGAAGAAGACAUUGCGAGUGGUCGUUACAGUAUAUUUGAUAUAGUGAUGCCCAUUCCCGGACAUAAUGUGGAAUAUCCUCCCAACAUGAAGGAAUAUUAUAAAGAACUAGUUGAAAAGGAUAAUUUAAAAUUAGAUAUGAUACAUAAGAAUAAAGCAUAUUCCCUGUCAGGUGCAUACCGUCACAUAGCAGUGCGUCCUGAGAAGUUGGAGUGGCUCACUGUGAGGUAUCACGAGCCCUUCUGUGACCUGCAGCUCUCUGACCUGCAGGAACUGAACGGUCACACCGACACUGGUAUUGUUGAAGAUGGUAAAUUCAAGGCUUGCUUGUUGACUAUAACAUUACCAGCGAGUUCAUAUGCCACUAUGGCAUUACGAGAACUACUCAAAGUUGACACCUCUAAUGACAGUCAGGCGCAACAGAAUAACUACUUUAAGAGCAAAACAGAAGAUAAGCACGAAACAGAAGAGAAUAAAGAAGAGGGAGAAGGUGAAAGUGACAGUAAACAGGAUAAAAAAGAUGAUUCAUCACAACAUAAUGAAAACGACGAAAAUAAUGAUAAUAAAGGUGAAAAGAGGAAAAUAGAAGAUGAGACAGAAGUAGAUGUAAAGAAAAAGAAAGAAGAUAAUGUUGACACUGAAAAAUAA